CAAUUGAAUCGUGCACAACGUUACACUUUGUACAUUUCUAUGUACAUAUGUGUCAAGAUGUAUUAAGCAAUUGGAAGGCACCCAAUCAUUACAAUCUGUGUCCAAUCAUACUGUGGUCAAUCGGAUCCCACCCGUCCACGGUACGCAGAAGGCCUCCUGUCACGGAGAAAAUCUCGCGAAUUGGCAGCUCUGCACUGAAGUAUACUUUAAUACGGACUUAACGAGGAGCCAUGGCGGCCGGUCCAAUAGCGGAACGUAAUCAAGAUGCGACAAUAUAUGUUGGAGGAUUGGACGACAAAGUCACAGAAUCCCUUAUGUGGGAAUUAUUUGUCCAAUCAGGACCUGUUGUUAACGUGCACAUGCCAAAAGAUAGAGUAACCCAAAUGCAUCAGGGAUAUGGAUUUGUUGAAUUUAUGGGUGAAGAAGAUGCAGACUAUGCCAUCAAAAUCAUGAACAUGAUCAAGCUCUAUGGCAAACCUAUUCGAGUGAACAAAGCUAGUGCUCAUCAGAAAAAUCUGGACGUCGGAGCAAAUAUAUUCAUAGGAAACCUAGAUCCAGAAGUGGACGAAAAAUUGCUCUAUGAUACGUUCAGUGCAUUUGGUGUAAUUUUGCAAACUCCUAAGAUAAUGAGGGAUCCCGAGACGGGCAACUCAAAAGGCUUUGCUUUCAUUAAUUUCGCCUCAUUCGACGCCUCAGACGCCAGCAUCGAGGCGAUGAAUGGCCAGUAUCUAUGCAACCGGCCGAUCUCGGUGUCAUACGCGUUCAAGCGCGACGCGAAGGGCGAGAGGCACGGUAGCGCUGCGGAACGACUCCUAGCCGCGCAAAACCCGCUUAGUCAAGCGGACCGACCACAUCAGCUCUUCGCGGACGCACCGCCGCUGGCCCCGCCGCCAAUGCCGAACUCGAAUGCGACUCCUCACCAGUCAGCCCAUCAUCCACAGCAUCACGUCAUGCAUCACGGAAUGGUCGUACCUCCGCCACCACCUCCGUCGACUCCUGGACCACCGAUGGGUCAUCCGCCUCCGCCGCCUGUACCGCCGCCACCCGCCGGCGGUUUUCCACCUGCCAACAUACCCCCGCCGCCUCUUCCUCCCAUGUCGAUGGCCGCACAUCCUCCUUUACCACCUGGAAUGCCGCCGCCGUUGCCGCCGAUGCCUGUGCCGAACUCACAGGCGCAACAGGCAGCCUCCCGGAUGAUGGCACCGCCGCCACCGCAUUGGGCUGUGGGGGCACCGCCGCAGGGACAGUUCCCACCACCCCCGCCGCCGUCCUCCACCGGGGGACCGCCGCAGUUCGGACAGUUCCAGCCGCCACCGCCGAGGCCGCCUCCAGGUUGGCGACAUCCACCACCACCUCCUGUUUCGCAAGGUGGCCCACCGCCCCCACCCCCGCCUCAAUUUCGCCCGCCUUUUCCGCCAAGAGGACCGCCGCCGCCGCCACCCCCGCAUGAUAACAGCCAAUAUUAAUGUUCCAGUCUUAUCUCUAUUCGCGUGGAUGCUCAUAUUCUCGUAUCAUCGGCGAAUUCGUCUACGGAAGUUGUAUAAAAAGGAAAAAUGUAACGAACCCUUCGGCCUGUCAUUUUUAACAGCAUUUUUUAUAAAACCGAUUUCUCCUUAUACGAAUAAAUGUAUUUAUUGUGUC